AUGGAUGGCGAUGGAGGCGACGAGAUUAAGAAAACCCAAGAGGAGAGGAAGAAGAUGGAGAAGGAACUGAAAGAAAAGUCAGCCGUGCCGGUGAACUCGGUCGUUUACGACACGGAAUUCUACAAUGCCGAUCGAUUCGAGGGUUACGAGACCUCGAUUGAGGUGAACGAAGACCUAGAUGCCGCCGCCGACAACGAGAUUGCUCGUAAACUUCCUUGCUACACUGCUCCGAGAGAGUAUCUUGAUGAUAUUCCCCCGUCUGGAAAAGAUGAUGGAGAUUUGGGGUUUAAGAAGCCUCGUAGGAUUAUUGAUCGGGAAGAUGAUUAUCGGCGGAGGAGGUUGAAUCGUUUGAUUUCUCCGGAGCGGGUUGACCCGUUUUUGGACAAGACCCCGGCGCCGGAUGCCAGGACUUAUGCUGACAUCAUGAAAGAAGAGGCUUUGAAGAAACACAAAGAGGAGCUUCUUAGAGAGAUUCAUCAGCAGAAGAAAGAGUCUGUUGUUAAUCAGGAACCGAAAACGGCCACGGAGAAACCGAAAAAGAGGAAUAGGUGGGAUCAGUCACAAGAUGAGGAAGAAAUUGGUUCCAACAAGAAACCAAAAGGUGGAGGAUCGGAAUGGGACUUGCCUGAUUCCUCAAGUACUCCAGGGAGAUUUGAGGAUUCUACACGUUCUGUGAAGAAGAAGAACCGAUGGGAUGAGACUCCAGCUCGUGGGGGUGCUGUUACUCCUUCUGGGAUCGCUUGGGAUGUCACACCUAAGCUACUGGAGACCAUGGCUACUCCUACACCUCGAAAACAGAGGUCCAGGUGGGACGAGACUCCGGUGUCGAUGGGAAGUGUUACUCCGAUGUCUAAUGCUUCCCCUGCUCCUGCUGCUGCAGUUUAUAAUACUCCUCGAAUGGUGACCCCUUUUGGAGGAAUUGAACUUGCUACACCAACCCCAAGUCAGUUUAUGAUGACUCCUGAACAGUUUCAGAGCCUGAGGUGGGAAAGGGAUAUUGAUGAGAGAAAUCGACCAUUGACUGAUGAAGAUCUUGAUGCUAUGUUUCCUCAGGAUGGUUAUACGAUUUUGCAACCUCCAUCUUCUUAUGUGCCGAUUAGGACUCCUGCCAGGAAGCUGAUUCGCACCCCAACCCCAAUGGGGCAAUCGCCGUAUAUUAUGCCUGAAGAAAACAGAGGUCAGCCGUUUGAUGAGCUCCUGGAUACUCCUGAUGGACGACUCCCCCCAAUGAAGCGCGAUGAUUUACCGAUUUUCAGAGACUUAUUGCAGAAUGUAAAUGAGGAUGAAUUGUCUCCUGAAGAGAAGAUAGAUCGGAAGAUUAAGACGCUUUUGUUGAACGUUAAGAAUGGGACACCACCUCAGAGGAAAACAGCUUUGCGUCAAAUGACUGAUAAGGCCAGGGAGUUUGGCGCCGGGCCUCUGUUCAACAUCAUUCUUCCAUUGCUUAUGCAACAGACAUUGGAGGACCAAGAAAGGCAUCUACUGGUGAAGGUCAUUGACCGUGUGCUUUACAGGUUGGAGGAUCUCGUACGUCCUUUUGUGCACAAGAUUCUUGUGGUGAUUGAGCCCUUGCUGAUUGAUGAAGAUUACUACGCCCGUGUUGAAGGUCGAGAGAUCAUCUCCAAUCUCAGCAAGGCAGCUGGAUUGGCAUCUAUGAUUUCUGCAAUGCGUCCUGAUCUUGAUAACAUUGAUGAGUAUGUAAGGAAUACCACUGCCAGAGCAUUCAGUGUUGUUGCAUCUGCUCUUGGGAUUCCUGCUUUGUUGCCUUUCCUGAGAGCUGUUUGCCAGAGUAAGAAGUCUUGGCAGGCGCGCCACACGGGCAUUAAAAUCGUGCAGCAGAUGGCUAUUAUGAUAGGUUGUGCUGUUCUUCCACACUUGAAGUCGCUGGUAGAAAUCAUAGAGCACGGCCUGACUGAUGAGAACCAGAAGGUUAGGACAAUCACUGGUCUGUCUGUUGCUGCUCUUGCUGAGGCUGCUGCGCCGUAUGGUAUUGAAAGCUAUGAUUCGGUGUUGAAGCCUUUGUGGAAAGGUAUUAGGGCACAUCGCGGUAAGGUUUUGGCUGCAUACUUGAAGGCUAUAGGUUUUAUCAUUCCCUUGAUGGCGGCAGAUCAUGCUAGUUAUUAUACCAAGGAAGUGAUGCCCAUUUUGAUUCGUGAGUUUCAGUCACCUGACGAAGAAAUGAAGAAAAUUGUUCUGAAAGUUGUGAAGCAGUGUGUGAGCACCGAUGGUGUGGAGCCGGACUACAUCAGGAAUGACAUUCUUCCUGAAUUCUUUCGCAACUUCUGGGUGAGAAGAAUGGCUUUGGAUCGCCGGAAUUAUCAUCAACUUGUUGAGACUACAGUUGAGAUAGCAAAUAAAGUUGGUGUGGCUGAUAUAGUGGGGAGGAUUGUUGAAGACCUUAAGGACGAAAGCGAGCCUUAUAGAAGGAUGGUCAUGGAGACGAUUGAGAAGGUGGUCACGAAUCUGGGUGUAUCGGAUAUCGAUGCUCGUUUAGAAGAGCUGCUGAUUGAUGGUAUUCUUUACGCCUUCCAAGAGCAAACCAGCGACGAUGCCAAUGUGAUGCUGAAUGGUUUUGGAGCGGUUGUUAACACUUUUGGGAAGAGAGCGGGGAAUUAUCUUCUGCAAAUAUCUGGUACAGUUAAAUGGCGUUUGAAUAAUAAGAGUGCAAAGGUCAGACAGCAAGCAGCAGAUCUUAUAUCCAGGAUCGCUGUGGUGAUGAAACAGUGUGGAAGAGAAGAUAUAAUGGGCCAUCUUGGUGUUGUUUUAUAUGAGUAUUUAGGAGAAGAGUACCCUGAAGUUCUUGGUUCCAUAUUGGGUGCCCUGAAGGCGAUAGUUAAUGUUAUUGGUAUGACUAAGAUGACUCCACCGAUCAAGGAUUUACUUCCUCGGUUGACUCCAAUUCUGAAAAAUCGUCAUGAGAAAGUGCAGGAGAACUGCAUUGAUCUCGUGGGACGAAUAGCUGAUCGAGGUGCAGAGUUUGUUCCUGCCAGGGAAUGGAUGAGGAUCUGUUUUGAGCUUCUUGAAAUGCUCAAAGCCCACAAGAAAGGUAUCCGCCGAGCAACAGUGAAUACUUUUGGUUAUAUUGCAAAGGCCAUUGGUCCACAGGAUGUGCUUGCGACAUUGCUGAAUAAUCUUAAAGUUCAAGAGCGCCAAAACCGGGUGUGCACCACUGUGGCUAUUGCGAUUGUGGCAGAAACAUGUUCUCCAUUCACUGUUUUGCCUGCCCUCAUGAAUGAAUACCGUGUCCCUGAACUUAAUGUUCAGAAUGGUGUUUUGAAGUCGUUGUCCUUCCUGUUUGAGUACAUUGGUGAAAUGGGGAAGGACUAUAUUUAUGCAGUAACACCAUUGCUAGAGGAUGCUCUCAUGGACAGAGACUUGGUCCAUCGUCAAACUGCAGCUUCGGCUGUAAAACACAUGGCGCUAGGGGUUGCUGGACUUGGUUGCGAGGAUGCUUUGCUUCACCUGAUGAAUUAUGUCUGGCCUAACAUCUUUGAGACAUCGCCACAUGUUAUCAACGCCGUGAUGGAAGCCAUUGAAGGAAUGCGGGUUGCAUUAGGAGCAGCAGUGAUCCUUAGUUACUGUCUCCAGGGGCUGUUUCAUCCAGCCAGGAAGGUGAGGGAAGUGUACUGGAAGAUCUACAACUCGUUAUACAUUGGCGCACAGGAUGGUCUCGUGGCUUCUUACCCUAUGUUGUUGGGUGAUGCUAAUGCGGCAUACACUAGGACCGAGUUGUUCAUGUUUGUUUGA